AUGGUAGGAUGCCUUCAGAGCAAGACGUUCGUACUCAAUUCACUUCUUGUCCUAGUGCUUUCUGCAGUAAGCUCUCAAAAGGAAGUCAAGAUAGCGUUCGAGGUAGCGGACGUGGACGUUCACGCACGCUUUGGAGUGCUCGUCAUCGCAGACGACAGCGGUGACGAAAAUGAACUUUCACCGGAGUUGCCUUCAGAACCGGCCCACGGCCGCUUCAAGAGAGCCGACGAAGACGAUGGAGGUGGCAUGGGAGAACACGGAGCUGCCCACGGACAUCACGGCGCAGCGGGUCACACCGGACACGAAGAGUUCGCAUACGAAGAAACACCCGUCGUGGUCACCUAUGAAGGAGGUGCCGGCGAAACGGGAGUACCAGAAACGGGUGUCGGCUACGAAAUGAACAGAGGCCUCGGAGGAGGUGGCGGUUUAACGUCCAUGGGCGGUGGUAGCAGGCGCUACCUGACACCGACUUCUGGCAGCAGUGGAAGUGUUCGUUUAGGACGGAUUGUGUACGGCGGCGGUGGUGGCUUGCGACCGGGCUACGGCAUGGUAGGAACUCAAUUGGGAACUGGUAUGAGCGGCGGUCGCCUUGUUUACGGCCUUCAACCAGCACUGGCGACGAGUGGACUAGCGUUACAGGGAGGACCAGCGAUGAGCAUCUCCGGGACUCAGCUCGGACUGGGAGGCACAAGACUCGGCUUGGGCGGGAGUAGACUCGGUAUCUUAGGCACAGGCGCUGGCAGCGGGAUAGGCUAUGGCUUGCAACCAGGCGUAGGCUACGGACUAAUGCAACAGGGAAUGCCUGCCUUGUCUACGAUGGGCACUCGCUUCGUGGGGGGAUCACCAGGAGUUCUCUACUCUGGCGCUGCCAGAGGAGGUUCGGGUAUCUACGGAGGUGGCAUAGGCCUAGCGCCUGCAUACCAAGGUGGAUACAGGUUAGGCGGCGGUCAGAUGGGGUCUAUGGCCCUCAGGAAUGGUUAUGGAGGUAGCUUCGGUGGUGCUAGAAUGGCCAUGCCGAAUGUUGGAGGCUACAGUAUCCGCAAUGGGAUGGGUAUGGGUGGGCUUGGAGGUGUCCGAAAUGUCGGUGGUAGCUCACUUGGUCUUGGUAGUGGCUUGGGUGGUUCUUUAGGAAAUCUGGGUAGCGGUGUCGGGUAUAGACGCAUCGGUCUAGGUGAAACAGGAGGCAGCGGUGGUAUGUCCAUGGGUGGGCUAAGAAGCGGCUCUCUUGGCAUGAAUAUGGGCGGUGGCAGAGGAUCCAUUGGUGGUGGUGGAUUGAGAGGGGGAUCGAUUGGUCUUGGAAACAAUGGACAGAGCUAUGGCGGCUCUCUUGGCAUGAACGGCGCCUCUCUUGGUGGCAGGAUGGGAGGAAUAGGAUCUGGUAGAAGCAUGGGAGGUAGUCUGUCGGGAGGAUCUCGCGGUGGAUCUCUAGGGUUGAGUGGUGGUAGUGCGGGAAGUGGAGGAGGUCUUGGUAUAGGAGCCAGAGGCGGUUCUGGUAGUGCAAUGGGAGCAAGCGGUGGGCUCGGAUCUAGUGGCCUCGGCAUCGGAAUGAGAGGUGGUGGAGCUAGAGGGUCUCUGGGCACCAGUGGUAGCCUUGGAGGAGGCUCGCUUGGAAGUGGCGCGGGACUCGGUUCUGGUGGAGGAGGACUGGGGAUGAAAGGCGGUUCCCUACGUAUGGGAGGAGGCAGUGGUUCUCUGGGAGUAGGUGGUAGCAGGAAUUCUGGUGGCUUGGGAAUGGGCCUCACGGGUGGUUCUGGAGGGGGACUAGGUGGCAGACUUGGUAGUGGCGGCAUGAAAUUGGGUGGAGGCACAGGCGGGCUUGGACGCAGCGGAUCACUUGGUGCGGGACUCAAUGGCGGUGGUCUGGGUGUGCAAGGUGGCAGACUGGGCAUGGGUGGCGGCACUGGCAUGGGCCUCAAAGGCAGCUCUUCGCUCGCCGGGGGUUUGAAAGGAGGGGCCUUGGGUGGUGGGACAGGUGCUGGAGGCGGUGGGCUCUCCAGUCUUAGAGGUGGUGCCUCAGGUGGCCUCAGUGGUUUGGGCAAGGAGGGAGGCGGAGGACUAGGAUUAAAGGGUGGUUCAGGUCUUGGACUGAAAGAUGGCACAUCGCUAGCCGGUGGUCUGAAAGGAGGGUCUUUAGGUGGCGGAUUAGGUGCCGGUCAUGGAAGAGGUGCCUCUGGCGGGCUGGGUGUGAAAGAAGGUGGAGGAUUAGGCGGUACCCUGGGUGCUGGUGGCGGUGGUACUGGAUUAGGACUCAAAGGCGGCUCCUUGGGCAGUAGUGCAAGUGGCGGACACACUGGACUAGGAGGAGCUGCAUCCGGUGGCCUCGGUGUCAAAGAAGGCGGCGCGAUGGGUGGAGGUCUUGGAGCUGGUGCCAGUGGAGGUGGAGCGGUCGGGGGCAAGGUCGCGCUAGCGGAGUACAAGGAGAAUUAG